AUGUAUAAUAAUAUAGAAAAUAAAAAAAAUUGUAAAGAUAAUAAUAAUAAUAAUAAUAAUAAUAAUAAUAAUAAUAAUAAUAAUAAUAAUAAUAAUAAUAAUAAUAAUAAUAAUAAUGAUAAAUUAUUUUUUUCAAUAUGGAGAAACCAAUAUCUAUUAAGUGAAAUACAAAGACAUCACAGGUUAUAUAAUGAAAAUAAAAUAAUAAAUAUUGACACCACAUUGGAUCAACUUAGAUAUCAUCCACAUAGAAGAUACACAACUACAGUAAUUAUUAAUAGUGAUGAACCAUUAGAACCACACGGUCAACUUAUACCUUAUGGCACUACAAAAUUAAAAUUCAAAGAAUAUUUUAAUAAACCAAUUCAAACAGGUGAUAUUCCAUCAUCGGUCACUAGUUUAGAAAUUUAUAAGGGUUACAAGCAAAUAAUUGAUAUUAAAUCAACUAUACCACCAAGUGUUACAAAAUUAGAAUACUCUUUUUACAAUCAAUUACUCACACCAAAUAUGUUGCCACCAUUUCUCAUCCGUUUAAGAAUAGGGAUAAAUCAAGAAAUUAGUAUUGGCACAUUUCCACAAUCAUUAACCUCUUUAGAUAUAUAUAAGUUCAACAAGACAAUUAUACCCGGUAUAUUUGGUUCAGUAAUAGAGUUAUCUCUAGGCUCCUUUAAUCAACCUUUAUAUGCUGGUGACUUACCAAUAACAUGUGAAAAACUAGCACUUGAUUCAUUUAACCAUCCAAUAAAAUCAAAUGUUCUUCCACCCAAAUUAAAAUCAUUGUCUCUAAACAGCUUCAAUCAUCAAAUAUCGUAUGGUGUACUUCCAGAAUCAAUCACAGAUAUUCAUUUAUUUAAUUUUAAUAAACCAUUAUCAAACUCUUUAUCAUCACUAAACUCAUUAAAAAAUUUAGAAAUGAUUUAUUUUAAUCAAGAGAUUUCAUAUGGAGAAUUACCAAACUCUAUUGAAACUUUAAAUCUAAAUUGUUUUAAUAGAAUUUUAAAACCAAACGUGCUUCCACCAUCUAUAACCAAGCUUAUAUUAAGGGGCUUUAAAAAGCAACUAGAACCACAAGUAAUACCACCAAAUACACAAAUUUUAGAACUAUAUACAUAUAAUGGCAAUCUUGGUAAACACUUAUUUCCAAAUACAUUGGAGGUAUUAAUAUUUGGUUUCUUAAGUUGUAUAUCAGAAAAUGAUUUACCGUCAUCCAUCACAAAUCUUUCUUUUGGUUAUCAUGGUCCAAGCUCAUUCGAAAUUAAUUCAAUUCCACCAUCAGUUAAAAUAUUGCAAUUACCUCAUGACUUUAACCAUCCUAUUCCAGUCGGGAUUAUACCCAAUUCAGUUGUUGAUUUAACAUUUCCUCGUGAUUAUAAUCAUCCUCUUCAAGUUGGUGUAUUACCAGAAUCUCUCACUAAAUUAUCCUUUGGCUUUUAUUUUAAUCAACCCCUAGACCCAAAUACUAUUCCACAAUCCGUUACUCAAAUAGAAUUACCUGAUAAUAAUAAACAUUCAAUACCAGAUUCUUUAUUGAAAAAGAUUAAAUAUAAUACAUAA